GUUUCUCCCGCGUCGCUCGUGCAUCUUGCCGUGCAGCCACACGCCGCAUUCUAUCGAUCCCCAGCACGAGCCAUGUCCUCAAACCCCACAGCCUACGCCGAAGCCUGGCUGCGAGGACCCGCAGACCACCCCUUCUACACGCGCACCUACCUCCCGCCAGACUCCUCCGCACCCCGCGCAGCUGUCCUCUUCAUACACGGUUUCGCAGAGCACAUCGGCCGCCACGAACACGCGCAUCGCAUCUGGGCCCAACGCGGGCUCGCCGUCGUCGCCUUCGACCAGCGCGGCUUCGGCCGCACCGCGCUCAGCAAGCACGAGGGCUGGCGUGGCGAGACGUACGGCAAGACGUCGCACCGCGAGCAGAUAGAGGACAUUGAGUGGUUCGUCAGGUAUGUCGGCAAGCGGUGGGAGGGCUCGCCGGUCUUCCUCGCCGGGCACAGCAUGGGAGGCGCACUCGCACUUGCCUUCCCCACGCAGGCUCGCGCUCCCCCUGAUCCAUCAACGACGGCCCGCCUCGCCGGCGUGCUUGCAUGCAGUCCGCUUCUCCGACAGACCACGCCUGUCCCUCGCCUGAUGCGCCGCGUGGGCGGGGCUGCCGCAAAUGUCCUUCCCUGGAUGGCCUUUCCCGCCGUAGUCCCCGUCGAGGACCUCUCGCAUGACCCUGCGAUGAACGAGGCGACGGACCGCGACCCGCUCAUCCGCAAGCAGGGCACGCUGCGCGGGCUCGCGGACAUGUUCAACAGGGGCGAGGAUGUAGUCGAGCGCGGGUACCGGCGCUGGCCGCGCGAGCUUCCGGUGCUCGUCAUACACGGCACCGCGGACAAGGUCACCUCACCGCAGGCGUCGCAAGAGUUUGUCGAGAAGCUCGACGCGUCAGACAAAAAGCUCUCGUUGAUUGAGGGCGGCUUCCACGAGCUCACGCACGAGCCAGACGGGGUGAAGGAGCGGUUCUGGGACGAGUGCGUGGAGUGGAUCCUGGCGCACGCGAAUGCCGGCGCUGCGCCCGUCUCGAGGCUAUGAUCGCCACGAGCUAUUGCGCGACUGUCUUAGACGCGCUUUUUGUAUGUAUGUCAAGAGAAUCUCCAGACAAGUGAUGCUGUUCUUUGGGCAAAG